AUGCGGGAUGAAGUCUUUCACGAGGAAGCUGUCCGGCGCGAACGGCAACUCACUCAAACCAAAGAAUAUUGGGGCUGGAUAGUCGACCACGGUAGCGCUUUUUAUCGCCACGGCCACAAGAUGCUAUCAGCAGAACGCAUCGUAUAUCGACUUGCAAACAACGACAUUCCGGUUGCCACAGGUUUGCAGAAGCAGUUGACUGAUGAGUGA